AUGGCCACAUUCGCAACUCCUCUCCCGCAGUCAAGCCGGUCCGAGAUACUUGAAUGGCGCUUCCCCAAACCGUACCACCAAUACGUCCUGACCGGCAAGUCUCGGGCAGCAUGGCACACCUCCUUCGUCAUCCCCCAACUCAACCUCCUCCUCGAUGCAGGACUCGUCGUGAACAACCUGCGGCCAAAACACAUCUUCAUCACACACGGACACUCGGAUCACUGCCUCCUCGCGCCCGCUUUCACCAAGCGCGAAGAUCCGCCAGACAUCUUCUGCCCCGUCGAGAUGAAGAAGGCCUUUGACGACUUCUGCCUCGCCAAAACCCUCCUCAACCGCGGCGGUCUGACCACGAGCAGUGACGCUGAGGCUGUGGGGCUCAAGGUGGACGGCAAAGGCAUCGAUGGGGAAGGGAGGACGGAGGGGGAGAGGGCGUUCCUGGGCACGCACGUGACGACGGCAGUUCAGCACGGCGACGUCGUGCCGCUGAGACGCUUAAAGGGUAUGGACGCCCUCGUGUUCCGGUGUGACCAUAAUGUACCCGCCGUGGGCUACGUUUUCAGAACUACGACGCAUAAGCUGAAGCCCGAAUACACCUCCCUUCCCGGCCCGGAGCUGAAGGAGAUGAGGCAAUCGGGAGUGGAGCUGACGGCGCCGGUGACGACGCCGGUUUUUGCGUUCCUAGGCGACACGACAGCCUCGACGCUGGCUGCUGAGCCUGAGUGGCUGGCGCAGGGCAUUCCGGUAGUCAUUACCGAGUGCAGUUUCCUAUAUGAUGAGCACGACGCCCAGGCGGAGAAGACGAAGCAUACCAAGUGGAAGGAUCUGGAUAAGGUGGUGCGCAAGUGGCCCAAGACGACGUUCAUUUUGACGCACUUUAGCAUGCGGUAUAGCAACAAGGAUGUUGUUGCGUUCUUCAACGGGUUGGAGGAUCCGCCGAAGAAUAUCGUUGUCUGGGCUGAUGGCCAACCGGAGUAG